AUGAGUAGCAUGAGAAUAGUACCGUUAGAGAAAAGAAAUUUAAUGAAAAGCGAGACUACCUUUCAUCUUCUCGGAAACAGAGUUUCGUUACCGGGAAACUACGGUGGACUUGGAAGGAGGUACUACGACCAGCUGGGGCAAGAUCUGGAUAAAAUUAUUCAGGUAGAUGUCGCAACCGGAUUUACAGAGACCAAAGGCUCGGUAAGAGGCAGGGCCAUCCAAUUAUCGUUGGCGAUGAAGCAAAGGGGCGUGAUGGAAAACGACAUCAUCGUGAUAAUCAGCAGGAACCACGCCGACCAGACCAUAGUGGUACUAGCAGCGCUAUUCCUGGGAGCCAUCGUAGCCCCACUAGACCCAGAAUUCAGCUACCGGGAUUGCCUCGAGUUACUGAAGAAGCUGAAACCGAAAAUGUGUUUCUGUGACAUCCGGACUAUAAGUCAGGUGGAAAGGAUCCUACCCGCCAUCAACCACAACUCGGAUCUGGUGCACUUUGGCCAGAAAAUGGGGGCCUCCACUCAGUUCUCCAAACUGUUUACACACAAGGAGAGUGACUUCUUCCAGCCGAUCUUCUUGGAGAACCCGAUUUUGUCCGUCGCGUUCGUUUUACCCACCCAGGGAACCAGCGGGAGCCCCAAGUUAAUAUGCCUGUCCCAUCACAACAUCACCAUACAGACCAACAUACUUCUGAAUGUCUUCAGUCAGCCGGACAAGGUGAUUUCGUUUUUUCCCUUGUCUUGGAUCGUGCAGGCGGUUCUUGUUUGUACCUCUUUCGAGGCUGGCGUGAUGAGAAUCCUUCCUGUCGCAUUUACGGAGCGAAGUGCUUGCAAGAUCAUCCAAGACUUUGAUAUUGGAUACGCUAUCUUCGGUACUGAUUACGCGAUGAGAUUGAUUAGUAACGUCGCUAUUAAGGACUAUAACAUGAACUGUCUCAAAUGUAUCAUGAUCGGUACUGUCAAUACAACCAAGUACGACUUGCACCAGCUGAAAACUCUGAUGCCUCACGUCAAGUUCCUUCAGUGCUACUGCUUGACGGAGACCGGUUUCAUAGCUGCCUCCACCAUAGCGAACUACGAGGAGUCGUUGGAAAAGCCUGAUUCCGUGGGUAAAUUGACGUUGAACAGCAAAAUCAAGAUCAUCGAUUUAGAUACGAAGGAGAACGUUGGACCUGAUAAGUAUGGAGAACUCUACUUCAACGGGGAUGGAAUAAUGUUGGGAUAUUUUAAGGAUUCGGAGAAGACGGUGAACGCGAUGGAAAAAGGUUAUUUCAAAACGGGAGACGUUGCCAUGUACGACCAAGACGGUUGGGUGUACGUCCAGGGAAGAAUCGAGGAUAUAAUAACAAUAAACAAUCAGCGCGUAUUCUUCUUGGAAUUGGAAAACGUCAUUCUGUCGCAUCCCUUCGUGAAAGACGUAGCUAUUAUCGGAGACAGUAAAACUGUACUGGCUUGCGUUAUGAAGAAGGGCGACUCCUCUUUAACUGCUGAGAAACUUAUGAAAUUCAUAUCCGAAAGGAUGGAUCAUAAUUUCUUGCCCUCGAGGAUAAUUUUUUUGGACAACUUUCCAAGAACUUCCAUUGGAACUGUAAAACGACGUCUAUUAAGAGAGCAACAGUUACAAAUUAAAAUUGAAUAUUCCUCCAGUAUAGAAACAAUCCGAUAA